AUGGGGUUCAAGUUUCAACGCCAAGGGAUAGCUGCCUCUGUAUUCUUAGUUCUAUAUGCCAUAUAUUUCGGAGUUGCGGCUAAUAUUAUUUGGCAGAAGAAAACAUUCAAUUCUUUUUACACCUGUCUCCUCGCAUUUGGCCUUAUCAGAUUGGGAUCUCAAGUUUGUGGUAUAGCCUUUGCAACAUUGGGGUAUGAGCAUUUGAACUGGUUGAUUGCUCAUUUAGUGCUGGGAGCUGCUGAGUAUUUUCUUCUGAUUCUGACCACUUUCUUGGUGGUCUCCUACGCACACAAAGAAACUCUUGGUUCUUCUUAUAUGACCAAGGCGUUAUUUUUGAUUCCGCUUGGUUUUUUCAAGUUAGAUGUGGACAGAUUGCUUUUGAUACAUAUUGGGGGAAUUCUAGCCAAUUUUCUGGUGAUUUCUGGAGCAUCUACACUGGCAGGCUUGACUCCAGAACAGUAUUUGUUUGAUACUAAUACUGUCAAUAUAAGCAAUGGACUCCGAAUCACAGGUCAGAUUAUUCUUUUGGCUUUCAAUAUUUUAGCAGGGCUUUAUGCUCUGCACUCAAUUAUUUAUCUUAAGAUUCGUUCAUAUUUUGUCUUUUCGGUGCUUCUUGCCACCCCAUUUCUUUUGGUUAGAGGUACCUAUGCAGUUGUCGCUUGUUUUGUUGAUAAAUUGGACUCUUUUUCAAUUGAAAAUUAUACAUUGAGUGGCAUGAAUCCUGAAUUUGUCAUUACUGAGUAUGUAUUGGCAACCACAAUGGAGUACAUCGCAGCAUCAAUAUUUCUGUCAACUUUUUACCUAAACAAGAGGCAGAAAAAUAAAAUUAUGCACGCAGUGCUGAACGAAGAGGAGCCUGAAGAGGAGUUUGAAGAGAAGUCGGAAGGAAACUCUGGAGAGAAGUCUGAAGAGAAGUCUGAAGAGAAAUCUGAAGAGAAAUCUGAAGAGAAAUCUGAAGAGAAAUCUGAAGAGAAAUCUGAAGAGAAAUCUGAAGAGAAAUCUGAAGAGAAAUCUGAAGAGAAAUCUGAAGAGAAAUCUGAAGAGAAAUCUGAUGUGAAGUCUGGAGAAAAGUCUGGAGAGAAGUCUGGAGAGAAGUCUGGAGAGAAGUCUGGAGACGAAUUAGACGAGAAGUCUGAAGAGAAAUUUGAAGACGAGUUAGAAGGGGAGUCAGAAGAGAAUCUUGAAGAAAGUAAUAAUAAUCAUAAAGAGAGCCUUGAAGGGGGGCACUGA